ACUUAUACAUGAAAUAAGCCAUAGCGUCGUCGCACGUGAAUACUAAAUCAUGCUAUAAGGAUUAUUUUUGUGUAACGGUUGAAGCGCUCGACACGGGUCGCGGCGGCGGUAGGUAUAAGAAGAAUGUCAUUGUGUAUAAUACAAGCCUGAGAACAAUAACUAUAGUCUACGCUUCAGCUCUACACCGAAGCGAAGCGAGGGCGGGCCACUAGUUAUUAAUAAAAUGGAAGAACAUUAAAAUAACUUUCAUGAAGUUUUCAUUAACCCGAUGACUGCAUAUUGCAAUAAUUAAUCACAAGACUAUAGGUAAUAAUUAUACCAUUUGCAUAACAAAUUAUUUCAACGAAAAUUUAUAAAAGAAUGAUGUUUUUAUAAAUGUCUGUAGUGUGAUUUUAUGACAAGCUUGACGCUGACGAAAUAGCACAGCUAUAUCAUGUCACCUUCGACUGGAAAGCGUGCUGGCCCCACGUCCGAGAGCUCCGGUACCUCGCCCGAAGCGGUGGUCAUAUCGGGCGUAUCCGGACUGUUACCCGACUGCGACAGUUAUGUCGAAUUCAUGGACAAGAUCUUCAAAAAUGAAAACCUUGUGAAAGCUAACCCUCGCUGGGGGGACUUCAAAUACCCCGAACUACCAGAGCUGUACGGUAGAAUCUCUGGCCUGGAUCGUUUCGACGCCCAGUUCUUCACUGUAUUCUACACCCUAGCCCAAGCUAUUGAUCCUACGGCUAGAAAAAUUAUUGAACAUACUUACCAAGCAAUUUUCGAUUCCGGAAUCAACCCCAAAGAAUUAUGGGGGAAAAAUAUCGGAGUGUUUGUAAGUUAUGGAUAUAGUGAGACGGAAAAAUUGACUUACACUAACGACAUGCAACUCGCAGUUUUGGGGAGCUGUAAAUCAAUGACUGCCAAUCGUAUAUCGUACUGGCUAAACCUAAAAGGGCCGUCAAUCUACAUGGAAGGGUCCAGUUGCGGUGGUCUACUAGCUCUCGAGAAAGCUAGAGAAGCCAUUGUAGGAGGCAUUUGUGAAGCCGCUAUAGUUGGCGUGGGGAAACUCGUUUUGCAUCCGCAAACACCAAUCAGUCACAGGGGGAUGCUGAAUACUGAUGGAAUAACCAAGUGCUACGAUGAUGCAGCUAAUGGCCCUUCGAUGUCCGAAGCGGUUAACGUUUUCUUUCUGCAAAAAUACAAAGACGCCAACAGAGCUUACGUGGUACUACGCCACGCUAAGACCCAGUUUAUGGCCAUUGAUGAGAUCAUCUCAACGGAACAUUGCGAAAUUAUUCAAAACAAGGAACAGCUCACGAAAUUUUUCCACCAAUUUUAUGAAGAAGCGGGCGUGUCGCCGGAAAACGUCGAAUAUAUCGAAGGGUAUGGUGCAGCUUCUCCUAAGAUAGAUAAAAUGGAACUCCAAGCAAUGGAAAACGUUUUUUGCAAGGACCGCAUCAAUCCCCUACUCGUCGGCAGUGUGACCUCGAAUUUGGGCUACACUGAGAGUGCUACUGGUUCCUGUGCAAUAUUCAAACUUCUGACAGCUUAUCAAAGAGGAGAAAUACCUGCAACCAUAAACUGUAGAAACCCUAGGAGUGACGUAGCUUCCUUACACGACGGACGUAUGCAGAUCGUUACUGCAAAUACGCCGUUCAACAGGACAUCUUACACUGCAGUGAACGGGAUUUCCUAUACAGGACUUAACGGGCACGCUCUUCUUCAAAGUUGCUUCAAACCAAAGGACCUUACCAAGUACAAAUCAAAUAUCCCAUAUUUGGUGACCGUGUCAGGUCGACACGAAGCUGCCGUUGAGAAAAUUUUAGAUGACAUCAAAGAUCGUCCGUUGGAUCCCGAGGAGAUAGCUUUGCUCCACAAUAUCCACAAAAAUCGUAUAUCAAAACACCUGGCUCGAGGUGUUGGCAUCUACUCAACAAAAGACAACGAUACUGUCACUCACUAUUCAAGAGUAGAAUACCACGAUGAUGUCUCGAGACCCUUGUGGUUCGUGUAUAGUGGAAUGGGAUCGCAGUGGAUCGGAAUGGCCCGGGAUCUUAUGCGAAUACCGAUAUUCAACCAGACAAUACAAAGGUGUCACAAGUUUCUUGAACCCAAAGGUAUAGAUCUCACACAUAUUUUAACCAGCAGUGACAAGGAUAUUUUCAACAAUAUUUUGAAUUCUUUCAUUGGUAUUACAUCAGUACAAAUAGGAUUAACCGAUGUUUUAACUGCUGUUGGAUUGAAACCAGAUAAAAUGAUUGGACACAGUAUGGGCGAAUUAGGAUGCGCAUACGCGGAUGGUUGCUUAACAGCCGAGCAGACGUUACUGUUGGCUUACCACCGAGGUCUUGUCUCCACACAGAUGCCAUUUAUCCGUGGCUCUAUGGCUGCUGUAGGCAUGGGGCAUAAAAAUGUGUCUAAAAUUUGCCCUGCGGAGAUAGAAGUAGUUUGUCAUAAUAGUGCUAACUCAAGCACCAUAUCGGGACCUGAAAAAUCUGUGAAAGACUUCGUUGAAUUGUUGAGAAAAGAAGGUGUAUUUGCCAAAGAAGUGCAAUGCUCUAAUAUAGCUUACCAUUCGCGAUACAUUGCGGGAGCAGGGCCUGAAUUCCUUAAAUUAUCUCAGCAAGUGGUUACGGAGCCAAAGCUGAGGAGCUCCAAAUGGUUGUCUUCUUCUGUGCCAAUGGAGCAAUGGGACGAGCCUCAUGCUAAAUAUUCCUCCGCUGAGUACCACACAAACAAUUUGCUGAAUAAAGUCCUUUUCGAGGAGGUACUUCGACACGUGCCAAGCAAUGCUGUGCUGGUGGAGAUAGCUCCCCAUGGUCACAUGCAAGCGAUUAUGAAGCAAGCUCUCUCCAUAAACUGCAAGCAUGUUUCUCUAACACGCCGCGGAGAAAGGGACGGUGAACUUUUCCUCUUGAAGUCUUUAGGGAACCUCUAUAUGGAAGGGUAUGAUUUAGAUAUCAGUGUCCUAUAUCCGAGGAUUGAGUUCCCAGUGUCAACGGAAACUCGGUCCAUCUCACACUUGGUAGAAUGGGCUCAUGCAGAGAAAUGGAAAGUUUGUGAAUUCCUCAGCACAAAACGAUCCCUCUGUUCUGAAAUGAAACUUCUGGUCACCGUCGAAGAUGACGAGUACAAAUAUCUGAAUGGCCAUUGCAUUGACGGUCUCACAGUAUUUCCGUAUGCUGCGGCAUUAGUUGCUGUGUGGGAUACAAUCGCCAUGACUACGGGACACAAGAUCCGUGAAGUUUCCAUACGUUUCACAGACGUGAAGUUUCACUCACAACCACCAAUAUACGAUCAGCGCGUUCUGGAAUUGGCUAUUAUGGUUGCGAGAGGCAAUGGCCGUUUUGAAGUCAUUUAUGAUAAAGGAAUAAUUAUUGAAGGCUAUGCUGUUAUAAUUGCGGGAAAUGUUAGUAUUAAUAAAUAUAUUGAUAAAGAAAAGGAGGAUCCCGAAAAAUUGUUGAAUAAAGAGGACAUCUACAAAAUAUUUUACGAACAAGGGUUUGAAUACAGAGAUGAGUUCCAGAGCGUCCAAACUCUUAACUUCUCCAUGACGCAAGCGCAAGUACAAUGGAAAGACAACUGGGUGACAUUCAUAGCCGGAAUACUCCAAGCUUGUGCCCUAAGGAAUAUCAGCGAGCAGGCUGGGUGUGAAAUUAACUUCAUUAAUAAAAUUAUUGUGGAUACCAAAGCGCACAUGAGCGAGAAUAUUAAUAACAAAAACAGUAACAGCAAUAUAUUUACAGCAAACUUCUCAGAACUUUCUAAGAGUGUCAGGUGCGGUGGUGUUAGCAUUGAAAACAUAUUUUAUAGAUAUAGACCACUGCAGAUACGUCGAUCAGUCACACUGCAGUCCCAAAAAUUUCAGGCGUUCUACCAAAAUAAUAUGAACGAUAUUGUAUUAUCAGUUAAUGUACAUCUACAAGUUGUAGCAGAAUAUGUUAAUAAAAAUGUUUUGACCUUAUUAGUCGCAAAUCUUCCAAACAAGCGUGAUCUUAUUAAUAAAAUCAAAUCGGCAGUAGAAAAGCAACAUAAUAUCAAAAUAAAAAUUUUACUAUGUACUAUAGAAGAUAUACUACACACUAAAACUGGCAACGAAAAGCCUGAUGUGAUUAUUUUACACGAUUUACUGAAAGAUAAAAUGGUAUUUGAAGCUCUGUACCAAUCUACGGCAGCUAAUACUUGCUUAGUAAGUGUUGCUGUAGAAACAAAAGGUUUGUAUCCUGUUGAAAUAUAUAAACCAAUCUCAUCCUAUGGCUCUGGAAAAACCAAAGUCGAACUAGCUGUGCUCAAACCGAAACCAAAACCGCCCCACAUAACUGCGGUGACAGUAUCAACCAACACUGACAUACACCAGAUAAACUAUAAAUGCAAAAACUUGACAAACCAGCAAAAGAUACUUGCGCUUUCUCCGUACCCUGCACCAUUUGGCACAAAAGAUGCAGUGAAAUACUGGAGAGAAAACAAUAAAGAUUUAUCCUUGGUUAUGUUUGAUCCGAAGGAUUCGCUGAGUCAAGAGUUGGAUAACAUACCAGAUGUACCGAUAUGCGCACUUCAGAAUGGAGCUUGGGGUAAUGAUUAUUAUCUACCAACGAUUUUUAAAAGCAGAUUAAAUGAUGCAUUUCAAUUGAGAAUAAGCCAACCUGGUGACGUGAACUCAUUGAAAUGGGUGGGAAUCCAAGACCCAUCCGAGCCGGGCAUAGAAGUAACUGUACAAUAUGCUGGUCUUAACAUGAAAGAUGCAAAGUCAGCGAUGGUUGAGCGGCCAACCGUUUCAGCAGAUGAUGGCUUUGGAAUGGAUUUCAGCGGAUAUACGGCCAGUGGUGAUCGCGUGAUGGGCCUGACAGAGGGCGGGGCUGCCAGCAGCAAGGUGCGCGCACGCCCGGAGCUGCUGUGGCCGGUGCCAUCCCACUGGACCAUGGAAGACGCUGCCACAGUUCCCCUACCAUACGCACACGCUAUAUACUGCAUGAUGAUAAAGUUCAAGCUUCAGAAGGGUAUGACAGUCCUCGUGCAUGGUGGCGCGGGAGGAUUUGGUCAAGCCGCCAUUUCCAUCGCUCUGGCAUUUGACUGCACAGUAUUCACCACCGUCAGUGAUUUAAGGAAGAAACGCUUUCUUAAGAAACUCUUUCCAGAUUUGAGAGACGAUCACAUAGGAAACUCUAGGGACGGCAGUUUCGCCGACAUGAUAAAAAAGAAACUGAAGAAAGAUUCUAUCGAUGGAGGCUGUGAUCUUAUUUGUGGUUUUACCAAAGGACACUUAAAAGACCUUUCCCUGGGCUGCUGUGGUUUUUCAGGUCACACGAUUGACAUAUCGCAGUUGAUAGAGCAAGAACACUUUGCAUUCGGCCUGGAGCACCUGUUCUUUUGCAGGACUUACUCAACAUCGAACUUCAUGUCGAUAUUCAGAGAAAACAACCUGGCGGAGAUGAGGAGAAUUCAGUUGCUAAUGAGAGAAGGCAUCCAACAAGGAUACAUACGGCCGUUGACGCGAGUAACGUACGAGCCUCACGAGACGCCGCGCGCCUUACGGCUACUGGCGGGAUGUCGCCAUUAUGGCCGCGUGCUUCUGUCUGUGCCGCGGGAUAUUACCAUCGCGAAACCUAGGAUGUCGUGCACACCCGAUAGAAACCACCUGAUCGUAUGUGACAGCGAUGGGUUUGGUCUACAAGUUGCCGAUAUACUGGUGUACCGAGGUGCUACCAGGCUUUACAUUAAUUGCCAAGAGACACCGUAUGUGAAACAUAAAGUAAGAAAUUGGGAGCGCAAGGGCAUCUUUGUGGAUGUUUCAUCAAAAACUAUCAUGACACAAGAAACGGUUGAUGAAAUGUUGAGAAAAUGCUCGGAAACAGGUAAAAUCGAGGGAGUUUAUGUGGUAUCAACGAAUCCAGAGCAAAAGCAUGAAGCGGCGGCGGUAAUCACUAACUUGGAUUCGGCAACUAGACUUGUGUGUCCUCAGUUACGGUACUUUGCAGUGAUCAGUGAAAAUGACAAAUUGUGGAAGCAGAUUAUCGUUAAAAGAGCAAAAGAUAGUUUACCAGCAUUGUCCCUGCAAUUGGUUAAACUCCAACGUCAUAAUCCUCGUUCUAUUACAACUGAUAAGUCGGACAACGAUUUACCGUGGCGCUAUGCAGUGGAAGCAGUAGAAGCAGCUCUGGCCAGCGGAGAUGCCGUGGUCGUCGCAUAUGCUCAGCCAACGACCUCGCACAGCAUUCUUAAUGAAAUAGCAAAGAUACCAGGUGUGAAUUUAACCAAUGCAACAAUGGGCCGAACUACUUUGGAACAAAUUGGUGUCGAUGAAUGUCGUGCUCAGGAACUGUGCAACGUCCUCCAGCAGAAGUUCAACAUUACCAUCUCGAAAGAAGUGGUUUCUGCUAUGACAAUCACCCAAUUAGGAGAACUACAGGGGCAGUAUAUUGACAUCGAGCAAGAUCUCGAAGGAUUCGCUGCAUAUUUCAGUAACUUCGACUCUGAUGUUUUGCAAGCUACAUGUGAGCUAGUCGUCAUGCCGACGCUUGUACACAGACAUAAACCGCGAGCUGAUGAGUUCGACGUGGGGCGUGACUACUUGUGCGUGAUCCCAGGCCUAGAAGGCCACUACGCCAGGUUCGAUACUCUCUGCAAACGUCUCAAGAUCCCUGCAGCAGUCCUGCAGCCUGAUCACCGCGACUGCACUUUGAAGGAAAUAGCGCAGAGAAUAGCAAAAACAAUUAUGCAAAGACUGACGGUAGAGAAGACCUUCUACUUGCUAGGGUACGAUUUUGGGGUUCUUGUUGCCAUCGAAAUAGCUUCUAUUCUAGAAAGCAAUGGUUUCACCGGUACCGUGUUUAUGCUUGGUGGAACUCCACGCGACAUCUGCAACUCUUUUAAAAGCCGCUUUAAAGACACAACCCCAGAGCUGCUACAAAAUGCUUUGAUCAAACAUAUAUACACAGUCAUCACUUCAAACAAUAACGUUGAAUUCGAAAACGAGCUGGCCUCCAAAAAGAGUUGGAAUGACAAAGUGGAAAUCCUCGUAAAGAAAUUACAUUACGCUACCGAGUAUACAAGAGCGCUGGUCCAAGGAGUAUAUGCUAGGAUCAAGAUACUUCAAGAGUUCGAUUUUAAACCACACGCACUACGUUCAAAAUUAGUUCUAAUUCGAGCAAAGCUAACCAAGUUAGCUUGUACUGAAGUAGAUUCCAUAGAGAAUUUCCCCGAGGUUAUGAAGGUGCACAAUAUUCAUGCUGUCUUAGCUCACGCUCAUAAAGACCUGGCUUGCUCUAACAUCAUCAAUAGCCAUCUGAAUAAGGAUAUUAUAGAGGCUUAUGAGAACAGCAAUAAAUGUGAGACGUUCCUCGAAAAUGAAGAAUUCAUAAGGUUAUUCUAAGAAAAUGGUUUAGAGAAUUUUAUGAAUAUUAAUAUUAAUAUUAUUAUUUAUUAUUUUUAUUAUUCAUUUUAUAGUUAAGCUGCGGUUGAUGUUGAUUAAAUGCUUUGGUGUUUGUUAUAA